AAAGAGGUACAGUUCUCUAUAUAAAUUUGAAAGGAUUCAGAGAAGAAGAGCACAAGCUUCAACGACCACCUGAAAUUACCUGCUCACUAGCGCCACCCUGGACACUGUUUGCUGUGAGUGUUGCAGCAGAGACAGGCGGCCCCCACAGCAGAGUCCUCGCCAUGAGAUGGAAGUACAGACUGCUGCAGGCGCUCACUGUCCUUCAGACUGUCGGCCUCUUCCAAGGGCUUGGAACCCCACCGGAAAAGCAACAUGAAAAGCUCUCGAAUGGCACGGGAGUGACCAAUACAUCGGCCGCACCCCCGGUGGGUGUUACACCCAGACUGUCCAACAACUGCUCUGGGACACUGGAGGUGCUUCAUGGCGGGAAGUGGACAGCAGUGCAACUCUCCACCGAGGACACGAAGGUGGCAGCAAGGAAAGUCUGCGGGGGGGUGUAUGAGGUCACCCGGGGCAGUGUGGCUGCCGACUCCCUCUGUCUGAUAGACUGCAGCUACGUGAACGGCCAGCUGCAUUGCAAGGGGGCCACGCUGAGUGGCUGCACCGAAGUGUCCAACAUCACCUGUUGGAACGCCGAUGUCCGAUUGGUGGGAGGCUCGGACCGCUGUGCAGGGCGGGUGGAGAUGUGGCAGAACGGGACCUGGGGCACCGUGUGUGACGAUGGGUGGGAUGAGAAGGAUGCGAGGGUGGUCUGCGUGCAGCUGGGAUGUGGCAUCGCUGUGGAAGCGACGGGCGAGAGGGUGUCCUUUGGGCCAGGCAAGGGCCACAUCACCAUGGUUGAGGUCAACUGUUCCGGAAAUGAGACCCAACUGCGCCAGUGCCCCUUCAAGAAACAUGAACAGUUCUGUGGCCAUAAAGAGGACGCAGGAGUCGUAUGCUCAGCAUCAAAACAUUCCUAUCCGACUACGGCCAACAUGACACAGAUGCCCGACAACCUCACUUUGACCACAGUUAUGGAGAGCACAGUCCUGAUCACAAGGGCACCGGCCAGACUGCCCCCCGCAGUGAUCGGCUGCAUCGUCCUGACCCUCAUUCUCCUGAUGGUUCCAGCUGUGAAUAUCGCGCUCUGCCGGUAUUUCGGGAAAGGCCACGGCAUGGCAAUCCCUAGGAGGCUGCAGGCCCAGGCCAGCGCUGACGACUCGACGUCGGACCACUCGACAUACGAACACUAUGAUUUCAGUUUGGAGCCUGCAGUUGCCAUGGCAUCCUAUAGGAACUCAGUACAUGGCGGAACUGUGCAAAGCAGUGCAGUGAUGCAGAAGCCGGCUGAAGAACAGGCCAGCUGUCCCGAGAGUCCGAUCUCUCCUCCACACCAACCGGCAGUAUACGAAGACAGCUCGAGCACGUCAUCUGGAGAGUGCUACAUCAACCCCGAUCUCGGAUGCGACAGCAGAGAAAACGUGAACCUGCUUGACCACGAAUCCUCCAGCACGUCAUCUGGAGAAGAGUACACGAACACAGGGCCUGACGCAGAGGAGCUACUCAAACAAGGUCAGGGUGACGUCUCGGCCCCUGAGGACUCAACUAUGCCUCCUGUCAUCGACUGCCCACACCCUGCGGGCAGUAGUGACCCCGGAGACCCUGAUGACCCCAUCCCAGCAGCUCCGCUGAGUCCUGGGAAUUCUAGCACUUCCUCAGAGGAUGAUUACCAGAAUGUGGGCUGGGAUAAAGCACCCCUGCGGACGUCUGUCAGCCAGGACCCUGCAUCCUCCUCUGACAGUGACUAUGAAAACGUCAUGGACGUGCCAUGAAAUGACACCCUGAGACUGAUGUUUGCAAACAAGCGAGAUGAAAUCUGCCUGCAGCUCUGUUGACAAGACAGUGUCAGACAGACAACCACCUGCUGGUGCAAUACCUCAAGUGUUUACAAUAUCCCCCCAAACAAGACAAUGUACAUGUGCCAAAGGGUGUGUUUCAUGAUUUAUUUGUUUGUUACACAUCAUUCCUGACAGAGAUCAUUCCUGCUGUGUAAAAAAAUAAGCAUUUGUGACAUUUCAUACCAGACACACAGAAGUAAGCAUGAACACAGCUACACUUUAGAACAUUCUAGAAAGCAAUACAAGUACUCAUAGUUCAGUAUUUUGGAAUCUUCUAAUUUUCUUCAAAGCAAUCAAAGCUUUUAUUAAAAUUAGCUUCCUUUUCAGGUCUAAGUACAAAAAUGUAAUUUUUGUAAUUAUCUGUUACAGCGUCCGUCUGUCCGUCCAUCUAUCCAUCCAUCCAUACAUCCAUCCAUACAUCCAUCCACUUAUCCUGGUCAGGGUCACAUGAAGGCCUUGAGCCUAUCCCAGGCAGCAGAGGGCAUGAGGACGACAUACACCCAGUGUUACAAUCUAUGUUACAACGAUGAGAAAAUCGUACUUCUCUCACAUAAUAUGACCCUUGAAAGGCGGAAGAAACACAUACAGAAUGAAGCAGAGGGCUUUGGUAUAGCAGUUAAGGCAGAACCAGCAGGGUAAUCUGGGCCUUGAAGUCAAAGCAGCCAAUAGCGGCCAGAGAUAAACAUUCUGAUGGCAAGGAUUAAACAUCCAUCUGAAAAUUACAAUGACCAGCCACACACGCAUUUGUUAAAUGACCAUGUACAUAUAAAUAAACCAAGUUCUCAUGCAAAGUAACCGCA